CUCUUCCUGGAUUGUGAUCUGAUUCUCUGAUCUCCCUGGAUUCUCUCAAUAUCUGUGAGACUGAAGUCAAUCAGGAAUGACGUCCAUCAUCAUCAUCUUCUUCAUCUUAAUCACUCUUUGUCUGAUCUCAGGUCAGGUUCUGUGUUUUAAAGUGAUCGGCUGCUCUGGAGGGAGUGUGAUGAUCAAGUGCACGAAGACAAACCAGAGAGACUCUUCUGUUCAGCUUAAAGGAAAGUAUUUCUGCAGAGACAGAGACUGUAAACCUGGAAUCAGUACUGAGACUCGACACCACCGGGUUAAUAAUAAGAGAUUCGCUCUGUAUGACAAUAAAAACAGCAGAUUCUUCUCAGUGUUCAUCAGGAAGCUCAGCAGAGAGGAUGCUGGGAAAUACACAUGUGGAAACAACCAGGAAUGGAGUCGUGAUGUUGAGUUAGUGGUGAACACCACCUCUUCUUCUUGUGGGACGUCUGUUAUCCGAUCUGCAUAUAAAGGUCAAACAAUCACUUUCAGCUGUGAAUAUGAAAACAAGUUUAAAACACACACCAAAGUCUUGUACAGAGUGAAUGGAGAUCCUGUGUUUGUGCUGAAGAUCUCUCAAUCAUCACAAUCAUCUGAAGAGAAGUUCAUCCUGUCUGACAAUCAGAGAAAUCACUUUAAUGUGACCAUCAGAGACAUUUCUGAAGAGGAGCGUGGAGUUUAUUUAUGUGGAGUGGAGAGAGACGGAGGAGAUACACCACCUUCAGAAACAUCAGUUACUCACAUAACCUUCAUUAAAGAGAUUGAGCUGAACGUUUCUAGUCAGAUAUCUUCUGUCCAGGUUGAGGCCUACAUCAGUAAAUCAGUCUUCAUCAAGUGUGAAUUUCCAGAAGAAUUCAAAGAAAACCAGAAAUUCAUCAAAAUAAAUUCAUCAAAAGAGAUCUCUGUUGAACAGAAUCAGUGGAUCCGUCUUGAUAAAGCGCUCGUGUAUGAUGAAACCAGUUCAGGAGUUUUGAAGGUUUUUAUCAGUGAUUUAACUGAAGCUGAUGAAGGAACGUACAGAUGUGGAGUGAAAACUGUUAAUGAUCAUCUGUUCAUGAAGAUCAGACUGAAGAUUAAUCAAGUUGAUCAUUUCCCUGAAUCAAGUGAAUCAGCUGCUGUUAUUGGUGAAAGUGUGAAACUCAGCUGUAAUUCCCCUGAGGAACAGCAGUCCAUCAAACACAUCUGUAAAGAGAACGAGCAGAAGAUCUGUCAGAGCAUCAGUUCAUCAGAGAAGCAGCGCUUUGAGUUUUCUGACAGUACAGCAGGAGUUUUUACAGCGAGCAUCAGUAAUGUGAGCCUGAGAGAUGCUGGAGUUUACUGGUGUGGAGCAGAAACCAGACACCAGCAUCUGACUUCUGUUUCUCUCACCAAUAAACAUCAACUGACUUUAACCAUGCCUCCAGUGAUCAGACGUGAAGGAGAUUCAGUCCAGAUCAAAUGCCCUUAUGAUGAAAAACACACUGAAGAAAAGUGUCUGCGCAGAGGAAAGUGUUUGAGUAAAGUAGUAAAGUAUCUGUGUAAAGGAAAGUGUUUCACUGAAGAUGCUCAAAUUAUCAUUCAGUCAGAUGAAGAUCAUAAAAAACCAAGGAUUUCAGUAAAGGACUACACUGAACUCAAUCUCUUCACUGUGACCAUGACUGAGCUGAGAGCAGAGGAUGCUGGGAAAUACUGGUGUGCAGUGAAAGAUGUGUUUAAUCUUCACAUUGAGCUCAUGAUCAUCAGGAAGAACGCGGUCGCUCAUGAAGCGUCUGUCGGAGGAUCAGUGUCCAUCAGCUGUAAACACAUCAGGAAUCAAACACAGAGGUUUUUCUGCAGAGGAGAUCAGCCCAAUAUCUGCUUCAGAGACGGAGUUCAUGUUUCAUCAGAUAACAGCAGAUUCUCUCUGACUGAAGAAACCUUUUCUGUGAAGAUCAGCGAUCUGAGAGCAGAGGAUUCUGGGAAAUACUGGUGUGCAGAGGAGAGCUCUGGGUCCUUCAUAUUCACUGAAGUUCAGCUACACGUGACCGGAGGCUUUCCUGUGACAGCUGUGGUUUCUGUGGGUUUGAUCAUGCUGGCUGUGGGUUUAGUGUUCCUGUUGUUCAAAAUAAAACUCUGCAGUAAACACGGCAUCAUCUCAUCAGAAAGAAGAGAGGCAGGAGAUCAUGAAACUGCUCAAGAAGAGAGUCUAGGCUUAGAUCCUGAAUCAACUAAUCUCUAUUCAACAGUUCGGUCACCCACAAUCCCCUCUGAUUCACAGAAUCCACUUUACUCCACAGUUCAGUUUCCCACAAUCCCCUCUGAUGGGCUCCUGUACGCUGCUGUCAGUUUCCAGAAGCAAGAAGAGUCUCUCAGUGAAGCUACAGUCAGAUUCAGUAAAGAGGAGACUCACUGUGAAUACGCAUCUGUCAGUCACAAUAUCUCACCAAAUUAAUAUUACCACUGGAUUGUUGUUUUAUACACAUCUUGAUCCUGUCAUUAAGAAAAAUUACUGAGCUGCUUGUAAAACAAUAAUUUAGUUUCACUGAACGAGUUAUUGAGCAGUCAGCGACAUCUACACUGUUGGGGGAAGAAGCUGAAAUGUUUCUCUGUGCCUCAAGAAAACAGUUAAAACUAUGUGAACUGAAGACAGAAAUGUUUUAUCCUUUCAUAAAAGUUUUUUUAAAUCUAUGGAAGCAUCAGUUUAUCAGAAGAGAAGCAUUAGGUUUAUGACAAUGUGUGAUGAGUGCAUGUGUGUGCAAGAAAAUAUUUGUAAUGACAGUUUUUCAUUAUAACUGAAGUGAUGUCAUGCAUAUGUCUUUUUCUUUUUCUUUUUUAUGUAAUGUGCAUAUCAUGCAGACAUUGACUUGCUUGGUUUUAAAUGUGUUUGAGCACUUAAAUUGCAGUAUUGGAUAUUUAAAAAGCCUAGUUAAUUUUGAAUGAGAAAAGUAAUUAUUUACAUUGUAACUUGUCAAUUGCAAUCCUCAAAGAAAAAUAGAAUAAUGAAAAUAGUAGUAAAUUAUACUUAUGAUAGAGCUUGUGCUCUGGUUUGGAUUAAUACAUUUAUAUUAUUCUUGUAUAUAGAUAUUUUUGUUUAAAAUUAUCUGCUAAAUGAAUAAAUGCUGU